UCAUAUGAGUUUCCUGUUUGAGCGUGUGGAUGCUAUAUCUAGUUCUGUCAAUGGCUAUGUCUGUGUAACCGAUGAACGGAUCUUAAAAGGAAGGAAGACCCCAGAGGAUGUGUUGGUGAUAUGUAACCCUAGCACGGGACAGUCCGUUACUUUACCCAAAAUACCUAAACUGAAGAAAAUGAAGAGAACUGCAAAGAGCUUUUUUGUGUAUGAUCCGAUUGAGAAACAACACAAGGUGUUGGCAAUAGCCAGGGUUGAUGGUAGAUAUGUGCAUCAAGUUCUUACAUUAAAAGGAACUAGAAACCUGACUUGGAGGAUGAUUGAAUGUAGCGUACCUCAUUAUUAUCCAGGGCCAAAGUGCAUAUGCAUUGACGGUGUUUUGUACUAUGGUGCUUGGGGUUCCAAUAAUGGUCAUAUUCUAGUUUGCUUUGAUGUCAGAUCCGAGAAGUACAGCUCCAUUAAAGCCAUUCAGGGAGCGGUAGAGGAAGGUGCAACUCUGGUAAAUUACAAAGGUAAAUUGGCUUCACUAAGGGCGCAACCUAACCCCCAUGCUAUUAGUGGAACAAGUGCAAGUUUUGAGAUGUGGAUUCUAGAAGAUCUUGAGAAACAUGAGUGGUCCAGCCGUAUUUACAAAUUGCCUCCUGUUUGGAAGGAUGUAGUUGCAUGGGAGGUCUUAUUCUUUAAAGGAGUGACUGCCACAAAUGAAAUUGUUUUGCCCCCCAAAACUUCAUCCGAUCUUUAUGAUGUUUACUACUACAAUUUCGACAAGGAAAGUAUAACAAGAGUUGAAUUCCAAGGAAUGAGACCGUUUAGAAAGGGUUGGGGUUCUGGAGUUUUUACCUUACUGAACCAUGUAGAGGAUGUGAAACUUAUCUAAUUGUUUUAGAACUUUGUAACGGAAGCUUGCUCCUUGGGGAUCUUAAUGUAAACCUUUAUUUUUUCCACUGCUUCUGUGUUAUUAUAAUUUUUUUGCUUGAAGUUGUAAAUUAUGGUUUUGAAACUCCUCUCCACUGAUUUCACUUGCGACUACUGCUACUAUUUGUUUUACUUUUGAUAUUGGACUUAGGUAUGUCACUGGCACAUGCGUGCUCCAUUGGGAUAAGACAUAACCCUCUGUUUCUCAAACUGUACUCCUCCAGCUCCUCGU